AUUGGGAAUGGAUUUACAAUAUAGCGGCAAUGGGACCGGUUGGUGCAAACCUUUCAAAAUGAUCUGCGUUUUCAUCCUCUUCAUGCUGUUGCACGUUGUUUCAGAGAGCACCGCAUAUGAAUCGCAUGUUUUCAUGGCGGAUACCUUUCAAGAACGCACAACAUCGGAAAUUGAUCCGUACUUUGACACCACAGUGCCGUCCAAUAUCACUGGCUUGGCUGGAGAAACUGUUCAACUGGCGUGUAAAGUGAAGAACAUUGGAAAUAGAACGGUUUCGUGGGUGAGACAUCGUGACAUUCACUUGCUGACAGUCGGCACUUACACUUAUACGAGCGAUCAACGUUUCGAGGCAAUGCAUAAAUUCCAUACAGAAGAAUGGAUUCUUAGAAUACGAUAUCCGCAGCGAAAGGAUUCUGGUAUCUACGAGUGCCAAAUAUCCACGACUCCACCCAUCGGUCAUCCUGUUCGUCUGACUAUAGUUGAACCUGUGACAGAAAUAGCUGGCGGUCCUGAUCUGUACAUCAACAAGGAUAGCACGAUAAAUUUAACAUGCUACGUGAGACACGCGCCUGAACCACCAUCGACGAUAAUUUGGAGCCAUAACCAUCAGGCGAUUAACUUCGACUCGCCGAGGGGUGGCAUCAGCCUGGUAACGGAAAAGGGACCCGUAACUUCGAGCCGUUUACUCAUUCAGAAGGCGAUCGACAGAGACUCCGGCCUUUACACGUGCUCACCCAAUAACACUCAUCCUAACAGCGUACGGGUCCACAUAGUCAAUGAAGAACACCCAGCGGCAAUGCAUCACGGUAGAGGCGACAGAAUGGCCGCGACACUGCUUCCGGUCGUUCUACUUCUUCGGAUGAUAUUCUAGCCGACGUUAUGCACUCCGGGCUCCAGGUUGAAUGCGCGCAAACUUAAGCACGGUCCUCUAACUCUCACACGGAACUAUCGAGCGGAGGUUCGGUUUCGCGGUUUUGUCUCCGAGGAUUCAACUCGCUGCGACGCGCAUUCGACACAUUCGCCUCGCGAAAGUAACGGAAUCUCAUCGUAGAUUUGCGUCGCGACAUCGCGUGUUCUCCCAUUACGUCGUCGGACUGAUUGGAAUGCAUUCGCGUUACGGAAAACACAUUUGUCACAUCGUCGCCUGGAAAACGUGAGUUAAAAUAAAUAUUAUUAGGCUAGAUGUAUCCGAGGAAAUGAU